AUGAAGCUGCUACCCAGCUGGACAGCGAUGCUGCCUGGGAGCCCUCGGGGCAGGCCCUGGCCGUGGGCACAGCGACCCAGAAGAACGGCUCACACCUGUGCCCCAAAGAUGAGGGCCCGGGAGGACCCUGAGGGCCAGACACAGCAUGAGUCCCUGGGUUCGGCAGGGACCUCCACGAGGGACCCCCCAGCGUCCCUGUCUACAGAACCCAAGUUUGACAUGUUGUACAAGAUCGAAGAUGUGCCGCCCUGGUACCUGUGCGUGCUGCUGGGCUUCCAGCACUACCUGACCUGCUUCAGCGGCACCAUCGCUGUGCCCUUCCUGCUGGCUGAGGCGCUGUGUGUGGGCCGUGACCAGUACAUGGUCAGCCAGCUCAUUGGCACCAUCUUCACCUGUGUGGGCAUCACCACCCUCAUCCAGACCACAUUGGGCAUCCGGCUGCCGCUGUUCCAGGCCAGUGCCUUUGCAUUUCUGGUACCAGCGAAAGCCAUCCUGGCCCUAGAGAGAUGGAAAUGCCCUCCAGAAGAAGAGAUCUACGGUAACUGGAGUCUGCCCCUGAAUACCUCACACAUUUGGCACCCACGGAUACGAGAGGUCCAGGGUGCAAUCAUGGUGUCCAGUAUGGUGGAGGUGGUGAUUGGGCUGAUGGGGCUGCCUGGGGCCCUGCUCAGUUACAUUGGGCCUCUUACAGUCACCCCCACUGUCUCCCUCAUCGGUCUCUCUGUCUUCCAAGCUGCUGGCGAUCGAGCGGGCUCCCACUGGGGUAUCUCAGCUUGCUCCAUUCUCCUGAUCAUCCUCUUCUCCCAGUACUUGCGAAACCUCACCUUCCUGCUGCCUGUCUACCGCUGGGGAAAGGGCCUCACUCUCUUCCGCGUCCAGAUCUUCAAGAUGUUUCCCAUCGUGCUAGCCAUCAUGGCCGUGUGGCUGCUCUGCUAUGUGCUGACCCUGACGGACGUGCUGCCCUCAGACCCCACAGCCUAUGGCUUCCAGGCACGAACAGAUGCCCGAGGGGACAUCGUGGCUAUUGCUCCCUGGAUCCGCAUCCCUUAUCCCUGUCAGUGGGGGCUUCCCACUGUGACUGCAGCAGCCGUCCUGGGAAUGUUUAGUGCCACAUUAGCAGGCAUCAUUGAGUCCAUUGGGGAUUACUAUGCUUGUGCCCGCCUGGCUGGUGCACCACCCCCUCCAGUACACGCUAUCAACAGGGGUAUCUUCACCGAAGGCAUCUGCUGCAUUAUCGCGGGGCUGUUGGGCACGGGCAACGGGUCCACCUCAUCCAGUCCCAACAUUGGCGUCCUGGGGAUUACCAAGGUGGGCAGCCGGCGCGUGGUGCAGUAUGGUGCGGGCAUCAUGCUAGUUCUAGGCACCAUUGGCAAGUUCACGGCUCUCUUCGCCUCACUCCCUGACCCCAUUCUAGGGGGAAUGUUCUGCACCCUUUUUGGCAUGAUUACAGCUGUGGGGCUGUCUAACCUGCAGUUCGUGGACAUGAACUCCUCUCGAAACCUCUUCGUGCUUGGAUUUUCCAUGUUCUUCGGUCUCACGCUGCCCAAUUACCUGGACUCCAACCCUGACGUCAUUAGCACAGGUGUUCCUGAGGUGGACCAGAUUUUGACUGUGCUGCUGACCACAGAGAUGUUCGUGGGUGGGUGCCUCGCUUUCAUACUGGACAACACAGUGCCAGGAAGCCCAGAAGAACGAGGUCUGAUACAGUGGAAAGCUGGGGCCCAUGCUGACAGUGAGAUGUCUUCCAGCCUGAAAAGCUAUGACUUUCCCAUUGGGAUGAGCAUGGUAAAAAGAACUGCCUUUCUGAAAUACAUUCCUAUCUGCCCGGUCUUCAAAGGAUUUCCUUCAAGGUCAAAAAACCAGCUUCCAGUUCCAGAAGAUAUCCCAGAAAACGCAGAAACCGUGUACACCAAGGUCUGA